ACAGCCGCCCCGCUGCCGCCUGCAGACGUUCCCCCGGGCAGCGGUUAUCGGGCUCUGCGGAAGACCAGCCUGGCCGCGGUUGUCGCUUAAUAGAGGAGAGCGUCAGUCCGCGAGCAGGGGCCAGGCCGGCAGCGCCCGCGCCGUCCUGCCCGGAGAGGUUCGAGCAGCUGCUGCUGCGGGAUCUAGUACUACAAAACAGCAGUAACCUCAGCCAUGGAGAACGCAGAUAAUACAGAGGAGGAGAAGCCGACUGUAAGCAAUGACAGCACAGACAAUGGCGCUGAAACGACAACAGAAGAACAGCAGAUGGACUUCAGUACAGAAAUUAUGAGUGUAACUGAGAUGGAACAAUCACCUGAUAGUACCCCUGACUUGAAUGAAGAGAACACACAGGAGAGUGAAAUUCCAAAUAUUGAAAGUUUGCAGACAACAGAUAUUGAGGCUUGCUUCCCUCCAGAUUUUGACAAGUUCUGGAAAGUAGUAGAGGACAAUCCCCAGGAUUUCACAGGAUGGGUAUAUCUACUACAGUACGUAGAGCAGGAGAACCACUUACCAGCUGCCAGGAAAGCAUUUGACAGGUUUUUCACACACUAUCCAUAUUGCUAUGGAUAUUGGAAAAAGUAUGCAGACCUUGAAAAGCGGCAUGACAACGUUAAACAAUCUGAUGAGGUUUAUCGCAGAGGGCUGCAGGCAAUUCCUCUUAGUGUUGAUCUUUGGAUACAUUAUAUAAACUUCUUAAAGGAGACCUUGGACCCUACUGAUCCUGAAACUAAUAGUACUAUUCGAGGAGCCUAUGAACAUGCAGUCUUAGCUGCUGGGACAGAUUUCCGUUCUGACAGACUAUGGGAAAUGUAUAUAAACUGGGAAAAUGAACAGGGAAACCUAAGGGAAGUUACAUCCAUCUAUGAUCGUAUCCUUGGAAUUCCAACGCAGCUCUACAGUCAUCACUUCCAGAGGUUUAAAGAACAUAUACAGAACAACUUGCCUCGGGACCUUCUGACUACGGAGCAGUUUGUUCAGCUGCGCAGAGAGCUAGCAUCUGUGAAUGGCCAUAGCGGGGAGGAUGCGCAACCUGGAGACGACCUGCCCUCUGGUACUGAGGACAUAACUGACCCUGCCAAGCUAAUCACUGAGAUAGAAAACAUGAGGCACAGAAUCAUUGAGAUUCAUCAAGAAAUGUUUAACCACAAUGAACAUGAAGUCAGUAAGAGGUGGACAUUUGAAGAAGCGAUUAAGAGGCCUUACUUUCAUGUAAAACCUCUGGAGAAAAUUCAGCUGAAAAACUGGAAAGAGUACUUAGAAUUUGAGAUAGAAAAUGGCACUCAUGAGCGAGUUGUGGUCCUCUUUGAAAGAUGUGUUAUUUCAUGUGCCCUCUAUGAGGACUUCUGGAUUAAGUAUGCCAAAUACAUGGAGAAUCAUAGUAUUGAAGGAGUGAGGCAUGUCUACAGCAGGGCUUGCACAAUACAUCUUCCUAAGAAACCAAUGGUUCACAUGCUGUGGGCUGCCUUUGAGGAGCAGCAGGGCAACAUCGAUGAAGCAAGAAGAAUCUUGAAGACAUUCGAAGAGUGUAUUCUAGGGCUAGCAAUGAUUCGCUUGCGAAGAGUAAGCUUAGAACGCAGACAUGGAAACAUGGAAGAAGCUGAACAUCUGCUUGAAGAAGCUGUUAGGAAUGCCAAAUCAAUUAGUGAAUCGUCGUUUUACGCCAUCAAAUUAGCUCGACACCUCUUCAAAGUACAGAAAAAUCUUCCAAAGGCAAGAAAAGUGCUGUCAGAAGCCAUAGAAAUUGACAAAGAAAAUACAAAACUGUAUCUCAACUUACUUGAAAUGGAGUACAGUGGUGAUCUCAAGCAAAAUGAAGAAAACAUCUUGAGCUGUUUUGAUAAGGCUGUCAAUGGCGCAUUGUCUAUAAAAAUGAGGAUUACGUUUUCUCAGCGAAAAGUGGAAUUUCUUGAAGAUUUUGGUUCUGAUGUAAACAAGCUUCUGGAUGCCUAUGAUGAACAUCAAGCACUUCUAAAGGAGCAGGAUUCUUUAAAAAGGAGAGCAGAGAAUGGAUCAGAGGAGCCAGAUGAAAAGAAAAUGCUCACAGAUGACCCAACUUUGGCAUCAGCACAGAUGAUGGAUGGAGACAUGCAAGUCAAUCAGGCAGCGUAUAACUACAAUGCCUGGUACCAGGUAGGUGUAUGCUUGGUUACUUCUUUCAACACGCGUGUUCUGAACGUAUGCACGUUGUGGUUUUCCCAGUGACGUUUGUCCAUGGCCUGUGUCAGUUGGCGAGGAAGGCUUGGAGUAAAAAUUUAGCUCCUGUUUUUGUUGAUUCCUCUUUGGCCUGUUACGCAAGUGUAAAAUAUUUCUCUCUAGUGUGGAGCAAGAUGAGCAGUUUGGUGGCUAGACAUUUACGUGAAGGGAUGUGUGACAGCAGUUAAGGCCAUUGCGGGCUAAGGGCAAUAGACCUGUUCUGUGCUGAAACGUUUUGCCCAGGAGGGUCGCCUUGGGCUGCCAAUUUACUUGCGUGUUUUGAUAGUUCCUUUCUCCAACUAGUAGUUCCUGGUUUCGGUAUGAGUCUGCUGCACUGGUAUAUAGUGCAUGCAAACCAGCCUGUUCAACAGCUUGUCUUGGGGGCUGUUCCUGCAUGGCAUUUCAUGUUGUCCCCUACAGGGGCUUAAAGAGUGAAUCAGUAAUACCAUACCUUGGUUUCCUCCUCCUGUUUGUGGCAGCAGCAACCUCCAGCACAGGCUCUGCUUGCUUCUAGACUGACUGUCCGUUUUUGUGCUCUGACUUGUCCAACAGGGCAGGCUGUAAAGUCAGAGCUUCAACCCCUGCCUUUCUGUGUGAGAUUAAUACUGGUAAGGGUGGGUGCUGCCGGUGCCCCCUCAGCUGGGGCGAGAGUGAUGUGCUGCAGGUGUGGAAUGCUGCUUAUUCUCAGUUGUGAGUUGCAGAGGGUCCAACUGAAACUUUUGCUGAAGCAGUUUAAUGAAUACUGUGGUUUAGACUGCAAGGAGCCUAGCAAGCCCCUGAGAACAGUGUUUGCAGAUGGGACACAAAUCAGUCCUUGUGUACCUGUGGUUUAGAAGUGCCCGCAUCAAGGCCAAGCGUUCUUUCCAAAGUCAGGCAGUGAAAGGUGUCUCACCCAGCAUGGGGAAACUCUCAGCACUAGGCCAGGAAAAACGCCCCAAGUUUUCAGGCACAGAACCGUGGGAACAGCAGACUUGGAGUGUCGAGGAAGAUCUCAGCCCUGUGGUUGACAUGGUAACUCCAUCACUGUCUGCCUCCUGUGUGUUUCACAGUCUGCUUGAGAGUAGCAGACAGAAACCCUUUCUGAGGGAAUGGAGACAUUUGUUUGUGCUAUCCCGAGGAUGUUACACGGCUGAAUACCUACCUAGGCUCAGCUGGGAUAGUUGGGGUACAGCUGGUUGCAGCAAGACCAUGAGGACUGCCUCAGUGAUGGUUUCUGCUAGCUGCAAACCCAUGGCUUCAAAGGGAGUAGUGGUGGGGCACUUGAGCUGUCUGUUCAGGCUCUGCCAUCUUGUGGGGCGUGCCGUGAGAGCAGCUAGAAUGCAGACAAUUUGCGCUUCCUUUACCUUCUGCUCCCUCCCUUUUUCCUCCCUCUUACGAGAGCCUGUUGAAAGGGGAGUGACGCGGAGCCGAAGAGCAGGUACUAAAGAGGGGAUCUGAGGAGCAAGAGCGAACCUCUGACCUGUCCUCUACUGGAAGACUUACCCUGUGCGUGUUUAUUAAGCGACUAAAAACACGACCCACAAUGGUACCAGGCUCUGUGCUGAUCCUAGGUGUAGCUCUGACCCUGGGCUGAACAACACAUCAGUGUUACCUCCCUAACAAAGCUGACUUCCCGGCGCUCUUCCAGGCGGUCGGGAGUUCCCGGGGCUGGGCCCUGCAGAGGAACACCCGUGUGUGUUCCACCCGGAGCGAGGCACGGGCUGCGUGCGGAGCCUUGGUAAAGGGGUACCGAGUCCUGAAUGUUCCGGGUAGGACGUGGGCACCUCGCCGUGCUGGCCGCCACCAGAACCGCCCCAGUUACAGAAGGGCAGCCUUACCCGAGCCUUUUGGGAAGGACAAACAGCUCACUGUCAGGUAUCCUCAUGGAGCAUGGGCAGUCUGAC